AUGCGACUCCAACAAGCCGGCAAUACUUCAAGUACAUCUGAAUUAGAAUUGUUUUCUAAUUGGAUAUUAAAAGUUGGCGAUGGGAAAUUGGAAGAACCUAACGAUGGUUACACGGAUAUUCCUAUUCCAAAUGAUUUCUUAAUUUCUAACUAUGAUGAUCCACUAGAAGCCAUUGUUAGUGAAACAUAUCCGAAUUUUCUUAACAAUUACAAGAAUCCAGAAUUUUUGCAAUCAAGAGCUAUAUUGGCAGGAACAAUUGAAACGGUUGACAUCAUAAAUCAAUACGCUUUGGGAUUCAUACCAGGAAAUGAAGCUUUUGAUGUUUUGACCCCAGAAUUUUUGAAUAAACUUACAACUUCCGGUCUACCUAACCACAAGAUUAAAUUGAAGAUUGGGACCCCUAUUAUGUUGCUCCGAAACAUUGAUCAACCUGAAGGUCUCUGCAAUGGAACAAGGCUUAUAGUUACAAGAUUGGCAAACCACAUUAUCGAGGCAAAGAUUAUAUUUGGAAAGAAUAUUGGAGGGGUUAUCUAUAUUCCAAGAAUGGAUAUGACUCCAACACAAUCUCCGUGGCCAUUCAAAAUGACUAGAAGGCAAUUUCCCAUAACUAUAUGUUAUGCUAUGACAAUUAACAAAUCUCAAGGUCAGUCAUUGGAUUAUGUUGGAUUGUAUUUGCCUAGAAGUGUAUUUAGUCAUGGUCAACUAUAUGUUGCAAUAUCAAGGGUCAAAAGCAAAAAAGGGCUUAAGAUAUUAAUCCAUGACAAGGAUAACCAUCCAUUGAAUUCUACAACAAACGUCGUGUUCAAAGAAGUUUUUGAAAACUUAUAG